AUGAACCGCGGGUUUUCGCCCUCAUUAGUCAGGCCGAACCUUCCACUGAGGCGACCUGCAACUGGCCCUGGUACAGUAUCACCAAGGCACAUUGCCCCACCUUUUCAUAACAUUGGUACCUGUUUACCCCAAGAGCAGAAUCUGGCAAAUGGCAUCUUAGAUGCCUGUAAAGCUGAAACUAACAGAAAGGAGAAUGGGUUGGUGCCCUCGAGGGACAGUGGUGCUAGGACUGAACCUAUGCCUGUGAAGCUGUGCAGUUACUGCAAUCAAAAAGGCACUCUCAGGUGCACACGCUGCAAAACAACAUGCUACUGUUCUGUAGCCUGUCAGACAGAGGACUGGAAGGCCCAUCGCCUCAUAUGUAAACCAUAUGUUCCAGACAACAGCACAAGUGAUAAACCAAAUGGACCUGGUGUUUUGGAGUCCAAGGUGACCUGCAAUGAUGUGGCUCAACCAAAGAGAGUUUUCCUGCGUGACUUGCGAAAUAAUAGCAUCUCUGAUGGUGAUGAACUGCAGGGGACUGUGGUGCAGAUGAGGAACCCUGGGAAGUUCUUCAUCCACAUUCAGUCCAAGGAGAUGACGGAAACCCUGAGGAACAUCACAAUGGAGCUGCAGAAGACCUAUGGGAGCUCACAUGCAGUUGAAUACAAGCCAGAAAUUUGGGAAAUCUGUGCAGUCAGAUUCUCUCUCGAUCAGAACUGGUAUCGAGGUGAAAUGAUGUCUGUUGAUUUGGAUCGCCAAACUGCAAAAGCACUCUACAUAGACUUUGGAAAUGAGGAAGAUGUCACAUUUGACCGGCUGCGCCCCCUGCCAGCAAACAUUGACACUGCACCACCAUUUGCCUUACAGUGUCGUGUUGCUGGUGUAACAGCACUGAUGGGUGCUUGGUCAGGUGAAUGCGCUAUUGCAGUGAGACACUUGGUUGCUGGAAAGAAUCUGACUUUCACUGUGGUGGAAAGCAGAAACAGUAGCACCCUGCUUGCCGUAGAUGCCCAUCUGUCUGCCCUUGGCAAGAACUUGAGCACUUUCCUAAUUGACCAGGGAUAUGCGGUGAAAGAGCACACCCCUACCAAGCCACGGACUGAGCAGGAUAUCACUGCUUUGAUGACCGCAUCUUUUGAGAACUUUAAACGUCUGUCUUCUGGGAAGAAUGAAAACACUGAAGCUCAGCCACCAGAGCCGUUGACCCAGGGGGUGGGAGACACCUUUACAGCCAUAGUUACCCACCUCCAGUCCCCUUCAGAGAUCAUCUGCCAAAAGCUUGAAAAUGCCAGUAUUAUCCAGCAGUUACAAAUGAGUCUGAGAGAACACUGCGCGAAGACCCAGUCUAGCGAGGACUUUAGGCCUGCUCCUGGGACAGUUUGCUGUUCUCUUUUCUCAGAGGACAAGCAGUGGUAUAGGGCCAAAGUGCUGGCUUAUUCAUCUGAGGAUCGAGUGUGUGUGGGUUACAUUGACUUUGGGAACUCAGAAGAGGUGACCCUGAAUCACUUGAGACCAAUCAGUGUGGAUCUGUUGGUUUUGGCUACCCAAGCAAUCCCCUGCAACCUGGCAGGAGUUAAGCCUACCUCAGACACUUGGUCAGAUGAGGCCGUGUUGAUGCUCAAGCACUUGGUGUGUAACCGUUUCAUCAAGGUGGAAAUUCUUGGACAGCGAGACAAGAUGGCUUUGGUCUCCUUGGUUGAUGAGUCCAGUGAUCCUCAGAUCAACAUAGCUGAGCUGCUGGUUACUACAGGCUAUGCUGCUGUGGACAAUAUGGAGACAGAAGAGGAUGCGAGGGAGGGGCUUGGCUCUGGAAACACUGCAGUUGAUACUCAAGCUCUGAACAAAUUGCAGUGGUCAUGUGUGGAACUUCCUAUUGAUGGCCAGAAGGUAGUGCUAGUGAUCAGUGUACUGGAAACCCCUGGGGAAUUCUAUUGCUAUAAUUACAACUCAGAAGGCAUGCAUACCCUGGCAGAGUUGUCCUCUGCUCUGAUGAAGCACUGCAAGACUGCAAGGACUUCAUUCAGCCCUGUUGUUGGAGAACCCUGCUGUGCUCUUUACAGUGGUGAUGCACGCUGGUACAGAGCCAUGGUGCAGAGUGUGGAGGGAACAGGGAAGGCUAGUGUGUGCUUUGUAGAUUAUGGUAACUCUUGUGAGGUAGAGGUAGGCCAUCUCCGAGCCAUCCACCCCAGUAUGCUCAAGCACCCUUUCCAGGCCAUUCGUUGCUGGCUUGCAGGGGUGGAGCCCGUUGGAGGCCAGUGGAGUAAGGAGGCAGUGCAGAGGUUCCGGGCCCUGUGUGUGGGCAAGCAGCUCAAUGCAAGAGUGCUCUCCAUCACAGAGAGGGGCUAUGGUGUGGAGCUGGAGUGUGGGGACCACAGCGUCGCUGCCAUGAUUAUCUCAGAACAGCUCGCGCAGCCUUUUGGACAGGAGACCAGGGCUGCAGUGCAAACAGCCAGUGCCAGCGGCCCCGCAGAGGCGGCUCCGGUGCAAAUGCCCGUGCCUGCUAAGAACCCGCCGCUCACGGAGCUCCUGGCUGUCACUGGGAAAAAAGCUACCCCAUUACAGACAACUACAAGUGAAUGCACAUUACAUUCAUAUUCCAUUGCUUCCUUUGCUUUGGACUGGAAGACGCUGGCAUUGCCUUGCAAUGAGACUUUUCAGCCACAGGUGGCAGCAGUAGUCAGCCCAAGUCUUUUCUUUGUGAUGAAUCCUAGAAAGGUGAAUGUAGAGGCAUUGCAGGCUGUUAUGAAGGACGUGGCGCAGUACUGUAGCAGAGGGCCUCAGGCCAACCAGAGCACCCCACCACAUGGAGCUGCCUGCUGUGCUCAGUUCUCAGGUGACAAAAACUGGUACAGAGCUAUUGUACUGGACACAACAAGCACACACGUGAGUGUGGUUUAUGCAGAUUAUGGGAACACUGAGAGGGUUCCUCUCUCCAGCAUCCUGCCCAUCCCUAAUGAACUCUUACAGCACCCAUUGCAGAUCGCCAGGUGUGCUCUCUCAGGUAAGGAGUGCUUCCCUGCUAUGUGGCCUCCUGAGGUCCUGGAACUCUUCAAAAUCCAGCUGAGCAGCAGGGUGCAGGCCUCUGUCGAAAGCUUUGAUGGCGUCUUCAAUCUGCUGAUGCUUACCCAGCACACGGGUCAAUGGGGCAGCAACAUCAACACGGUCAUCCUGGGUGCGGUGCAGAAAAGUCCAAUUAGGGCUGGUAUAGAUGUGCUGGCCCAGGUCACACAGGCCCCACCUCAGGGGCAGACGCAGGCCAGCAGUGCAGCCACUUCCUCCACAGACACUGGGAAGACCCCUCUUGGCCUCAUAGGUACAGCUUUGGGACAGAAAAAAAAGACGACACAGGCUAUCCUGGAAAAUGAGCCACUACAGGUCAAUGGAGAUUCAAAGUGCAAGAGGAAUACUCCCAGUUCUGUAUGCUGCUGUGCUGAACUUAAGCAAAAGAUUGACCAUGUUGAGGAGUUGAUCCUCCAGCUCCUGAAGCAGAUAGGAGAUCCAAAAAAAUGA